GGAGGUCAGAACGGCUCGGUUGGCGGAACGCUCCCCCUUGGAGGGCGCUGAUUGGUUUUCCAGAGCUCGAAGGCGGGACGUCGGGACCUACGGCGGAGCUGAUUUGCCGGCGGGUGCGCGUGUCCCUAUUGGCGCCCGUCGUGGGGGCGGCACGGCUGGUGGGGCCGGUCUCGGUCCCGCCGCGGGGCUCAGCUAGAAACGGCGCGGCCUGAGCCCUCGGGCCUGCGUGCCGAAGGAGUGCCCGGAGGGGCGAUCGGCGGCGGGCGGCACUCGCGGCGUGGGGAGCGGGGCCGCGGUGCGGAGCGCGGCGGGGCCACGCCUGAGACUGGAAAAGCCGACGCUUCUGGGGACCUCAGCGCAGCCCAGUGUGCGGGCAAAAGCCUCUCCGGGCUCAGAGCCGCUCACUGGCCUUCAGUGGGUUCGGUUGGCCGCGGGAGCAGUGUGUGCGGAGCGGGUGCGCAGCAGCGGCUGCCCCGGCGUGCUGCGCUCUCAGCUCUGUAGGAGUCCCCGGGCGGUAGUUUCGAGCAUCACCAUGAAGCGGGCGGCUGUAGUUCCCCCCAGACUUCUCACGAAUGCCAAACUUAAUAUGGCUUCAAUACCCAGUUCUGAGACAUUUUUACUCUCAAAUUGAUAGCUUGCAAUGGACCAGGACUCACACUGCACAGCAGAAAAGGAACUGUCAGAAGCUGUACGCAGGAUUACUACAUUUUCUACCACAAGUCCAUCUGAUGAAGAACAAAAACAACCCAAAGCUGAAAUGUCAUGCCAAAUGAGAAAAGAAAAUCCAGAAAAAGAUGAUGUGCAAGAUUCCAAUGCAUCCAUAAGUCCCAACUCUUCGAUGACCACUAAGGAGCUUCAGGAGUAUUGGAGGAAUGAAAAAAGCCAGUGCAGACAAGUCAAACUCCUUUUUGAAAUCCCAUCAACCAGAAUUGUAGAGCAGCACUUAUCUAAAUAUGUGAUGUAUAAAAUCAUCAUUUUGCAAACAGGGAGUUUUGACAGCGACAAGUCUGUAAUUGAACGGCGUUAUUCAGAUUUUGAGAAACUGCACAGAAACCUGCUGGAGGAAUUUAGUGAAGAAAUGGAAGAUGUGACCUUUCCCAGAAAAGCUCUGACUGGGAACUUUACGGAAGAAAUAAUCAAUGAGAGAAAAUUAGCUUUCAAGGACUACCUGAGACUCCUGUAUUCUAUGAAAUAUAUCCGAAGAUCAAAAAAAUUUAUUGACUUCUUAACAAGGCCAGAGCUUCAGGAAGCAUAUGGUUGCCUGAGGGGUGGCCAGUACACCAGAGCUCUAGAUAUCCUUUUAGAAGUCAUUGGUCUGCAGGAAAGGCUGACCAGAGGCAACCCCGUCUCAAUUGUCCCUACUCUCUGUGCUAUUGUAGUGUGCCACAAGGACCUGGAAAACACAGCAUCUGCCUUUGAAUAUGGAGAAAGAGCUCUAUCACGCCUUUGUGUGCAUACCAGCCACAGGUAUUACAUGCCAUUGUUAGAAACAAUGAUCACUUUGGCAUAUGAACUUGGGAAGGAUUUUCUGUCUUUUCAAGAAAAACUGGAAGAAUGGAAGGCAAAAAAAGAUCCCAUACGGGUUUUUACCCUGAAAGAACUCGCAGUUCGGGAGUAUGUAAAAUGAACAUAUGAAACCAUUUCAUUAAAGAGCAAAGCUUUCAGAUCCUUUUCCUGAACACAAACUCCUGGAAAAGAGUAAGGACUGGAAAUUACCUGUUUGGCUAACAUAACUUCAUGGUAAUAAAAAAGAAAAAAUAUUCAAAUAUCAUCCAUGUUCAAGGAGACAUUAACAUUUCUGUUGGAAAAUAUGAUAUUUACUCUACAGGUAUGAGGUGCACCUAAGCUUAUUAAGGUUUUUUGCAAAGAAAUGUGUAACAAAAAAAAAUCAUUUACGAUUUGCUUAUUUUGAAUAUAGCUUAUGUUGUGUGAAAAGUCAGAAUAGGAAAAUGCAAUGAAUAAAAGCACUUACGAAUCUGCAGAAUCAGAGACGUUUCUUGCUCAUGUGGAAACUUCCUUUCAAGAAGAGAGGUAUCUUCUCAGCAGAUGCAAUCCAAAGGGUGAACCUUCAGACACUGAAGGUAGUUUUUCACUCUUCCAGCUGCAGCCUGGUCAAAUAGCACUUUGUCAUUUCUCAGAAUGAUGGGAUUUAUCCUGUUUCCACUGAAGUCAGCUGUGGGGGGCAGGAGAACCUGGGAGGAAGGUUUAUAAUCAGCUUGGUAGGAGCAAAAAAUACAAGUGAUGAACAUUCCAUCAGAGAUGAGGGAAUAUGCUUCAUUUCCCUUUUGUAGCUGAUUCAGUUUUAUGACUUGCAUUGAAGACACAUUCUUAUUUGGGGUGAUCUUUAAGUACAGCUCUGACCACGGCAGAAAAUUCAUACCAUGUGCUCUACAUACAUAAUGGAAAGGAACCACAGAAGGGGGCUGUUAGGGAGAACAUUUGGCUGAUAUAAUGCUAGCAUUUAAUCCUGAUGGUCAAGCUGUGAGACACAUGGUUAGCAGAUAGCCUGUGUUAAGCAUGUGCUUCCCUGUUGCCUUUCAGAGGUUUAUAUAACUUGGGUGUUGCCUUAGUUGUACAGCCUGGUGCACCAUGCAAAUAGCAUCUCAGUGACACUGUGGUAUUACAGCUUAUUCUUUAAGAGAUCAUAUAUACAAAUCCUAAGCAUGUCUUGGCCCCCACACCCUAAUGCUCCUGUGAAAGUUUCUUAAGAGCUGGAAAAGUCUUUAUUUACCUGCUUCUGUAAUUUCCCUCAAUUCCAUUACCUUUUCCAUACACUUAUUUCAAUAAUCCAGUAAAUUAAUUCUCAUAAAUACUGUAAUUAACAUGUCAUGCUAGCAUGGGUCAGUUCUCCUCUCCUUGAUCAUAGGACACUGGGUACUUCCAGGCCUGUACUCCAUGUGCAGAUACUUCAUGGACCACAAUGACAGUGCUUAGUAAUUUGGAAUAACACUAUUAAGUUACCUCACAGACAUAUAAAAGAAUCAGCUAAUUGAACAUGCAAUGAACCAGGAAAACAUUGUUGUGCAUUGUUACAAGAAGGGUGGCUUAGAAACAAUACAGAAUAAUAGGAGUGUCUAGGGUAGGAAGUUAAUAUUUUAAGUAGCUAUUAACAGCUAGGCAUUAAACUCAAAAUAUGUGGAUUACUUGUUAUUUGACAUUUGUUAUUUUUUCUAGUUAUACCAGAAGUAAAAGAAUUAAGAGCAAUUAAUUAAGAGAUUUAAGGGCUAAUCUGCCCACAGCGUACCAUGAUGCAGAACAGUUAAAAUGAAUCAAAGGUAACACCUUCUUAGAGGAUCUGUCUGAGUCUGUAACUAAGUGGAGAAGAAGAAAGCAAGUCUGGGGUCUGCAUCACAUUCAGGUGACUUGAAGUUAAGGCAGAAAAGAGCCAUGGUCAUCAUGCUGCUCUGUCUCCAGAGUAGUUUGUGGUGAAAGACCAAAAGAAUAAGGAAAAAUAAUGUCUCUCCUUUUGGUCCCUCCCAUCAUUGUGUGCAGCAUCCCAGGCACAGCUGCCUUGGAUUCUCCUCAGGUUCCUCUGGGACAGUAUAUGAGUUUGCAUAUGUCGACAGACUCUCUCCUUAUAGCUGACUACCAGAUUACAGGGUCCAUAAGUACAUGUUGUCUACCAAGGACAAGUACCAAGAAAGCAGCACAUCAGAGAGACCUUACUUAAUCUUUACUUGUGAUAAUGCUGUAACUUUUCAUUUCUGAAGGAUUAACUGAAAGCAAACCAAUUUUUGUCGUCACAUCAGUGCACAUUAGGAAUAUGAAGAGGUGCAAUUUGGCUAAGAGAAUAAUUGACAUAAUUCAAAAGGCAAUAAAACCAACAGUGUAAAAAAACCCUACUGUUUUGUUGGUGUAAGCCAAAUUUCUUCUCAGAAUGCUUUUCUAUAUAACAUACUUGCAGACUUUUGUCAGCAAAAUGGUCCUAGAAUAGGUCACUCUGUCCUAUACACCAGAAUGCAGAGGUCAGUCUCCUUGUGUUAUGGGAGAAAGUGAACUAAACAAAUACCAGAGUGGUGUGAAGAGAGAACAGUGUGCCUGUUGGGUAAUUCACCCACACUGGACUUCUUCAACAGAGUGACUUUCCAGCAGGGCAUCUGUGGCACUCAGUCAGCCACAACAUCUGCCUCACUCCAUAUAAUCUGCUUCACUCCAAGGGCUGCCUUUAACUUCUGCUGCACUGAGACUUCCAAUCAAGUUACUUAGUGUAUGAAUCCACAGAGCCUAUAGCCUGUGUCAUCAAAGGGUCAGGUGUCAUGUUCAUAAAAUUAGUUUGUGAUUUCAUUACUAUUAGAAAACAACAAAAUUUAAAUCCUCCCCAAGCAAAACAUGUAUGUAUUCUCUUCCUACAAAUGCAAAGUCUAUGUCCGUCAGAUUUAUUAAUCUCUUCAGAGAUGACAUUGAAAAUUCUUGGAAAGAGAAAGUACAUUGAUGGCAAUGAAUGGGAACCCAUGGGGCCUGGAUUGCAUCUGGAACUCUGACACAGACUUGGUCUGAACUUUGCACAAGUAACUUAACCACUGUGCCCGUUUCCUCACCCAGUAAUUCCCCAGUAUAGUUCCCUCAUUCAGGUUUUCAAUACUCAAUGAACAGAAAAGAUGUGAAGUUCAAGCAAAUAAGUUAACUCCAACAUUUAACUUCAAAAUGUGCAUUGGCAUGGAGGCAAUUUUGAUUUGUACAAGCCUAUUUAAUUUCUUGAAGAUCAUCUUGAAAUGGAAGAGAGCUGAGAGGCAGCAAAUUGCCAAACCUGUGUGCUCAUAUAGUUUCUCACCCAUGCAGUCUUAUUUUAUAAUCAGGUGUUACUUUUCCUAUAGAUUAGAGAAACUAAAGAAUAAUUUAUUUAUUUAGUACAUUGGACUGUAGUUAGACCAUGCUGGCUCAUCAGCUCCAUAGGCAAUCAGUCAGUUCUGAUUUCUUAACUGUGUGCUCUCAGAUACUGGUUGUACCUGCCAAAAUAAUUCUGCUUCUAUUUACUCACAUUUCCAAAGUCAACUUCUGCAUAUUGUUUUUCACUUGAUUUCUAUAGCAAAGUAAAUAAUCAGCAGUUACAUGCUACUAAACUAAAAGGUAAUGGCAUUCCUGCCCCCAUGCUGACCCUGCUAUCUUCCAUUUGGAGUGACAGCCUGUGAGGCAGAGGCAGGUUCCUACUGCCUGUACAUGAAGCUUUAUCUUCCACAGUUGAAAACGUGUAGCUGGGUAGGGCAUAUUCCCUGCAGGGAGUUAGAGAAGAUUAAUCUCUUUCCCCAUUCACAUUGCCUGGUGCAGGGAUACAGUAGUGACUGCAGAGCCUCAGUUUGUGAACUCAAUGUGUCCUGGCUAGCGCGCAAGAUACAUAAAAACGAAAUGGGUGCACUCCACCUAGCACCACGUCUUGUUUUCCUUCUAAGUGAUGUUUUGAGAAUGGCUCAAAAAGACUAUAGCUAACAUUUUCAUCCAUGUCUACCUGUCUUGCUUAUGUAUUACCCUUCCUUAACAUUUUUUAAGAAGCCAUUGGAGAAAUAAUGAGUAAAAUCCUUGUGCAGUCCACCAUGGGAUUUACAUUCCCCAGAGUACACAUCUCCAGGUGCUGGGCCAGCAAAAAUGAAUAGCGCUCCAUCAGUGAAGCUGUUUUGGAGGAAGAAAAUUCUGGCACUACCACAUAUGCAAGAAUGGAAUAGAAAUUAAAUAAACAGGUGGUUCCUGCUUCCAGAUAGCCAUUUUUAUUUCCACUCUUCAUUGCUGUACAAUAUUUGAGUGAUAAAAGCUUGGUUUAUAAAUAAAUCCAUUUCAUUCAUUUCCUGUCCCCCAAAACAAUGUGUGCUU